CCCAGACAAGGCAGACACAUACACACUUACUUGCCAGAGGUUGGAACAGAGAGCUGGCCUUCUCCUCCUGGACCCGUGGACCCCACAGAGCCUGGAGACCUCAGCCUGGAGCAUGGCGAGUCCAGAGCACCCCCAGAACCCUGGCUGGACAGGACCUGUAACCCAGUACGCAACAAGGACCAGGCAGGAAGCACCCACCACAGGCCCAGACCUCCCGUGUCUAGGACCCGAUGGACAUUUAGAUGCCUGCAGUGGCCCCAGCUCCAACUCCAGCAUGACCACUCGCGAGCUGCAGGAGAGCUGGCAGAAGGAGAAGGGCCACUGGAAACCCGUCAAGCUGCUCUUUGAGAUUGCUUCAGCGCGCAUCGAGGAAAGAAAACUCUCCAAGUUCGUGCUGUACCAGAUCGUCGUGGUGCAGACCGGGAGCUUCGACAGCGGCCGGGCGGUGGUGGAGCGGCGCUACUCGGACUUCGAGCGGCUGCACCGGAGCCUGCGCAAGGCGUUCGCCGAGGAGAUGGAGGACGUGGCGUUCCCGCGGAAGCGGCUGGCGGGCGGCCUGGCGGCGGCGGUGGUGAGCGAGCGCGCACGCGCGCUGCGCGAGUACCUGCGGCAGGUGCACGCCAUCCGCGCCGUGCGCCGCUCCCGGGAGCUGGCCGACUUCCUGACGCGGCCCGAGCUGCGCGAGGCCUUCGGCUGCCUGCGCGCCGGCCGCUACGCGCGCGCGCUGGAGCUGCUGGGCCGCGCGCUGCCGCUGCACGAGAAGCUGACGGCGCACUGGGCCCCCGCGCGCGUGCCCGCGCUCUGCGCCCUGCUGCUGUGCCACCGCGACCUGGGCCGCCCCGCCGACGCCUUCGCGGCCGGCGAGCGCGCCCUGCGCUGCCUGCAGGCCCGCGAGAGCCACCGCUACUACGGCCCGCUGCUGGACGCCAUGGUCCACCUGGCCUACGCGCUGGGCAAGGACUUCGUGUCCCUGCAGGCCCGGCUGGAGGAGAGCCGGCUCCGGAGGCCCGCGGACCGCAGCGUCACCCUCAAGGAGCUGACGGUGCGCGAGUACCUGUCCUGACGCUCCCUUUGGGACUCUGAUGGUGGCACUGGUCAGCCCUCUCCGGUGGUACCCAUGGAAGCCCCUGUUUGUUGUGUCUUGUGUCCCCUGGGUGCCAGGCUCACCUUAUCCUAAAACGACAAAGCCAGGCCGGGCACUGGGUGGCUCAUGCCUGUCAUCCUAGAUCCUCAGGGGGCUCAGAUCUGAGUGGUUUGAAGCCAGACUGUACAGAAAAGCCCGUGAGACUCUUAUCUCCCAUAAACUACCAUAAAAGCCAGAAGUGGUGCUGUGGUAGAGGGCUAGCCUUGAACCAGAAAGCUCAGGGACAGGGCCUAGGCCCUGAGUUGAAGCCCCAGGACUGACACAAAACAAAACCAAAAAAAGCCUACAAGCCCAGCUGCCAAGACUUUGGGAAUGGUGUGGAAAUUACCUGUUUCUGUGCCUUGCCAGAGAAGAAAUUUAUGUCAAAUGUCAUCCAUAAAGCAGCAGGCCAUUCUUUGACAGACAUCCUUCUCCAGCUACUCUGUGGGCUUCAGGGCUGCUUGCAAAUGUUCCCAGCCAUCCAGAUACUGUGUCUUUUCCCCUAUAGCAAGGAGCCACCCCCCAGUAGAUUCAAAAUUCAUCCAGGUCAGCCUCCCCUCCCCCCAGGAUAGUGUCUAGACCAAUGAUCUGACCUAAUUAGUGGUCCAGGCUGGUUUGGGUCAAUAUGUGUUUACAGCUGGAAACCCAUGAAGACCUAAGUCAUCUGUCUGAGCUUAUCUGGGUGCAUGAAGAGACUGUAAUUUGAGAAUGUUAAGAUGGGAUAGCACCUUAUCCUGGACAGGGAUCUGGCUCAGAGGAGAGAGGUCAAGGUACUCCUGGACGGCCUUUCACCAAACUGCACCAGAUGCUGUUCAACAGUGAUACCUUGUGGUAGCCGCUGUAGUGUUUGCUAAUAAGUCCUUAAGUCCCUAAAUACUGGAGGAGAAAGAUAUUUCAAGUGAGCACAUGAGAAAUUAAAGUGUUAAAUGGAAA